GUUCUCACCAAAUCUGGUAAAGAACAGCAUCACUCAGAUCGGAUCCACUGCCUAGAGCUAGCUUAGCACCUACUGCAGAUAUCGCGCAAGCGAGCAUGGAGACACAGCUGCCGACCGUGAUGGAGCUGGAUAGCUCCGAGCCGGCCAAUUUCACGCAGCCGUCACGGAGAUACAGCUACCUGGAGAAGAUCCGUAGCCUGUCCGUCGUCUCGGGCGAGGUCGCCGGGUGGUCGUCGUCGGCGUCGGCGUCGUCGUCUCGGUCGGCGAGAUCCAGUUACUACAGCAGCAGCAUGUCAAGCAACGCGUCGGGUGGCCCUCAUAAUCAUCGGUACGCCCCUUACUCAAACUCGUCGCCGGGUGACAUUGACCUCCACGGUGCUCAGGACAUUGCGCGGCAGAUGGUCCACGACGGGUUCAUGGUGAACUUGAUCAGAGAGUUCGACCGAGCGCCCGGGCCAGCGCUGGAGAGGUGGUUCUCCGAGCUCGACGUCGGCUGGUUACUCCGGUCGGCGGCGGCGGCGGAUAAGGAGCAAUCCGAGCUCGGCUUGGCUGAUCUCGUGCGGCGGUGGACGCGAGGAUAUACCGUGAUGGCCGAAGCACUCAGCGCCACGCAGACUAAGGUUGCAGGUGUACCCGCCAUAAUACUUCCGCAGGCCCAGCGGGACCAUAACAAUAUUAUGUGUGAUCAAGAGCUGGAAGACGACCUCCGACUUCAAUUCGCGCGGUUCGUUGAGGCGACAGUAUCCAAGAUGCUUGCCUUUGUUGAUGCCCUCGCCGCUGAAAACACUCGGCUGUCAAUAGACAACCUCUCGAGACUCGUGGGCCUGUGCAGCUGCAUCUACAGCUGCUUCUACAAGUGCAAUGUAGUAGUAAUAACUGAUUCAGAAGAAAUAGUUGAUUCAGAAUUGCAAUGCCUAGGCCGCAAAGUGGUUGGUGCUUUCAUAAUUACAACGACAACCUUGUGCAAUGCGAUAGAGAGUAUGGCGAUGGUCGCCGAAGCUGUUACCCCUGUCUUAAUUGGUUGGGAUUCCUGUGAAAAUUUUAAGCAGAAUGCAGAAAUCCACGAAGCUACUAGGCUAAUUGUUGACUAUGUAAGAUUGUUUUGGGGAUACCAGAGCUUGCGGAGUAACAUGCGGUAUCUUAAAUGGGUUCAAAUUCCGAUCACCAUGAUUCCACAAAUGCUCAUCAACUUUGAAGAUCAGCUGGAGAAGAUCUCAGAGUCAUUCUCUGACCCUAGCCUGAGGUACCUGUUCCUGCUUAACAAUUCCUACUUCGUAAGAGAAGAGUUUCUUGAGCCCAGCAAUUACGUGUUCAUCCUUCCGUCAGGCACAACGCUCAAAUUUAUGCAGUACCAAGAGAAGUACAUGCUUGCCUCCUGGGAACCCGUUCUGUAUUGCCUACACGAAAAGAUGCCACUGUGGUUUCCUAAACACUCCUCGCAGCUGGCAAGAUUCAAGUCAGAAUUUCAGAAAACAUUUAGACAUCAGAAGCUAUGGAAGGUCCCCAACCCAAGGCUCAGGCAGAAACUGCGAGAAGCCAUCAUUGAUAAGGUCAUUACUGGAUACAAAAGGUACCUGGAGGACCAUCCGGAGCUGGAGAAAUGCAGCAGUGAUCUACAGGACAUGGAAGACAUGGUCAACGAGCUAUUUGAAGGAUGAAUAAGGAUUGUUCCAGUUUUAGACUGACAUGGCCAUGCGUAUGGAGUGUAAACUUUAAAUCAGUUACGACGAUAAGAGAGGGCGAGGCUAAGGUUAAAUAAGUUCAACUGUAUUUUGAUAUGUUCCCACCUCAUUCUACUUUUUUCCUAGGAAAUCCUCAUUCUACCUUACUAUGAAUAAAAUAUAUGGGCAGUUUAUUUUUUUUUA